UUACGAUUUAUUAUUUGGCUGGUGGCCACUGAUAAAAAAAUUAACUUUCUUUUUGUAGAAUUUUGUUCAACUUUUUUAGUGCUAUAGAAAGAAAAAAAAUCAAUAAGAAAUCAGAAGUUGGGAGGAAUCAUUCUAUAAUUAGUUAUUGACACAUUUAAGUACCUGGAUUAGAAACCGGUAGAUAGAAUCCUUUCACUUAUUCUAAAAACCAUUUGCAACACAACACAACAUAGUCAAACACUAAUAUACUUCCACAAAGCACACAUACAUUAUAUGCUAAUAACCAAUUUUCCUGCCAUGUUCUAACUCACCACAAAAGUAUAUAUACCUCAUCACACUUGGCCCAUUUCUCCCAAAAUUUGGAGACCAGAACCAUGGACCUCGAAGAUCAAAUGAGCACAUUCCACCUCCUCAAGGCAUACGGAGAGGCAAUGGAGAUGGAUCAGAGAGACCUGGCCGGAGAACUCUUAUCAAGGUUGGAAGAGAAAUCAUCCCCAACCGGCACCACCCUGCAGCGACUCGUAUACUACCUGGUUCAAGCUCUGGAUCGCAAGCAUCCAGAUAUGUUGAGGAUGGAAGCGAGCAGGAACUACGAGCUCGCCUUCAAGGCCUUCUACCAGAUAUUCCCGUAUGGCAAGUUCGCUCAUUUCACAGCCAAUUCUGUGAUUCUGGAUGCCCUGCCAUAUGAUGAUCAUCAGCAGCAGCAGCGAGGGAUGGUGGUGAUCGACAUUGUGGACUUCGACAUUGGCUGUGGCGUCCAGUGGCCUCCUCUGAUGGAAGGGCUCGUGGCAAGAGGAUUUACCGAGAUGAGACUCACCAUCAUUCGAUGGAAUGAUGAUUUGGAAGAAGAGGAUGGUGAUGAUGACGAUGAUGGUGGUGGUGAUGACGAUGAUGAGGCGAUCAGUUACAGUCCUACAAGCCAGAGGUACAAGGAGAUCCAGACGUUGCUGCAAGAGCAAGCGCGUAUUGCUGGUUUGAACCUGAUCGUGGAAGAGACCGACAUGGAUGACUUGGAGUUCAAGCUAAAGAAGGUGGUGAAGAGGAAUGCAGAACAUGGUGGCCAGUGCCUAGUUUUUAACUGCAUGGCAGGGCUUCCACAUAUGGGUCGAGGGAGGAACGCAGGGCACGUCAUGGAGUUCCUGAGAGUGGCAAAGGAAUCGAUCGAAUCGAUCAACUCCUGCCACGACAGCAGCUGCCGCCAAGGGGUCAUAACGUUUGGGGAUGGGAUAGGGUGGGGGAAGGGAAUGUCAGGGGAGGCGUAUGGUCCCAUAUUCGAAGGGCAGUUGGGGCAGUUUUACGCACUGCUGGAGUCGAUGGAAGGACACAUGCCUUACAAGCUAAGGGAAGCAAGGGUAGCUAUGGAGUGCCUGUUUUUAACACCUUAUGUGGCCUGCAUUGCUGGGUUUGAGAGGUGGGAAGGGAUCAUUAGGGAGAGUAAGGCGCUGGCCGAACUGAGAUUGCAGGCUCGGGGGAUGAGGAGAGGCUGUGUGGAGGAGGCUAGAGAGCUUGUGAGGGAAGGAGAGAGUUUGCAUUGGGUGUCUGUUGAAGGAGUUGAGGGGAAUCAGUUGGUGUUGGGUUAUAAGGAAACUCCAUUGCUAAAAGUCUCAUGCUGGAGAUAGAAGUUCGGUCCAGGUCCCUUUAACCUAUUUGUUCAUAGAGAUAAAUGUUAUAUUCAAAA